AUGCUCUUCGAAGGUCGACUCCUGCUGUUUUAGCGGGUUCACUCGCUCGCUCCUAAGUCCUGCUCUUUAUGUUUGUUUCUCUCGCUCUCACUCACUGUUGUUCUCGCCGUCGCAGUUCUACUGUUCUAGUUAUCAGCAACGCCAUGUACAUAUCAUAUCAGCCCGAGUAAAGAGGCAGGGAGGGUAAUCCUAGCUGACCUCACUGGGUGGGUUCAUCACAAUUCAGUUCAGAUCUUGUGCUCUCGGAGACCAGAUAUGCUCUCGGAGACCAGAUCUACUCCUCACAUCUGGCGCCUCAUAGGCGCUUUACACGCACAUCCUAUCAUGUAUUGGGAAUAACUCUCGUAUUCAUUAAUUAUUAUUUACGGAAGAUGUUAGGCGCCCAUUUGUGAGAGCAGAUCCCGUCUCGGUCCCAGCUCCCAUACGAAAUCGGAUUUGCUCCUCGAGCGCGCCUGAUACCAACCUCCACCACAUCUUGCCGUGUAUUGAGGACAUCUUGCCAUUAAUGACAAAAUAGAGUACGGGAGGUGUUCUCAAUGCACGGCUGAAAGGGCUUGAGAUAGGGAUUCCACCUCCACUUCCAGGUUGAUCAACUUCGGUGUGGGGAACGAGAACCAUUUGCAUGGAACAAAACAAUAUCAUUUGAAUGCCAAUGAAGCUUCUUCGUUCUUCUCGUCAUACACAAAACCAUAUCGUUCGGUGGAAAAUCAGAAGCAUCUGCAACAUACCCGACUGGAAAUCUGCCGGAGACGACGAGAGGGAAGAAGAAAGGUUUGUAAGCCUGCUCAAAGAUAUCGUCAUGCGAGGAAAAGAGAGCUGGAAAGCCUCCCUGAACAACGCUUUCAUCUCACAGAGGUUAAAGCCUCGACAUGUAGAGAAGGUACUGAUGCAGACACUUGAUGAUACGAGGUUAGCCUUGAGAUUUUUCAAUUUUCUCGGCUUACAUACAAAUUUCGUUCAUUCAACGUUCUCUUUCUGCAUUCUGAUUCAUGCUCUAGUUCAAUCUAAUCUCUGCUGGCCCGCUUCUUCUGUCCUGCAAACCCUCCUUCUCCGCGGCUUGAAUCCCUGGGAAGUUUUUGAUUACUUGAUGAAUGCUUAUGAACAAUGUCGAUUUUCGUCGACUAUGGGUUUUGAUCUUUUGAUCCAAACGUAUGUCCAAAAUAAGAGGAUAUUAGAUGCUGUUGAAAUAAUUAAGCUCAUGAAGCAGCGGAGCUUGCUACCUGAGGUUAGAACUUUCAGUGCUAUAUUGAAUGGGUUGAAUAGAAUCAGGCAUUUUGAGUUGGUUUUGAAUAUUUUUGAUCAGAUGAUAAUCUCUGGCCUUCGUCCCGAUGAGUAUAUUUGCAGCGCUGUGGUUCGUAGCUUAUGUGAGUUGAAGGACCUUGUUAGGGCUAAGGAAAUGAUUCGUCAGAUGGAGACGAAUGGUAUUUCUUUGAGCAUAGUAACCUACAAUGUAUUGAUCCAUGGUCUCUGCAAGAACCAGAGAGUCUGGGAGGCAAUAGAGUUUAAGAAUUUUCUAGGGCUUAAGGGAUUGAAAGCUGAUGCGAUUACAUACUGUAUAUUGGUACAUGGCCUCUGCAAGGUGGGAAGAUUAAAUAUUGCCGUGGAUUUGAUGAAUGAAAUGCUUGAAUUAGGGUUUGUUCCAAGCGAGGAUGCUUGCUCUUACCUGGUUGAUGCAUUGAGGAGAAAGGGGGAGAUUGCAGAGGCCUUCGGUUUAGUUGAUAAGUUGGGAAAGCUAGGAAUAGUACCCAAUUUAUUUGCUUACAAUGCCCUUAUGAAUUCUCUAUGCAAAGAAGGAAAGUUGAAGGAAGCACAAUUACUUUUUACUCAUAUGAGUAAGAAGGGUCUGUCUCCUAAUGACAUUACUUAUUCCAUAUUAAUUGAUUCCUUAUGCAAGAGAGGAAAACUGGAUGAGGCACUUCUUCUUCUUGACAAAAUGGUAAAGGCAGGGAUAUGGGCAACUGUGUAUCCUUACAAUUCCUUGAUAGGUGGGCAUGCUAAACUGGGGAAAUUAAAUAAGGCCGAGGCACUUUUUAAUGAGAUGAUUAAGAAGGGAUUAGCACCAACUGUGAGAACCUAUCAAUCGCUCAUAAGUGGAUAUUGCAAGGUGGGAAAUUUGCAUAAGGCAUUUAGUCUCUAUCAUGAGAUGUCUGAGAGAGGUAUCUCACCAAACACUUAUACCUUUACUGCGCUCAUUGAUGGCCUCUGCCAUGCAAAGAUGAUGGUUGAAGCAAGCAUACUGUUCAAUGAGAUGUUGGAGCAUGGUGUGAUCCCAAAUGAAGUAACAUAUAAUGUAAUGAUUGAUGGAUAUUGUAGGGUAGGCGACACAGUAAAAGGCUUUGAACUACUUGAUGAAAUGGUAGAAAAGGGUUUGAAACCAGACACAUACACUUACAGGCCACUAAUCAGUGGCCUUUGUUUGACAGGUAGAGUGUCUGAAGCCAAAGAGUUUUUGGAUGACCUUCAGAGAGAGCAUAAAAAGUUGAAUGAGAUGUGCUUCAGUGCACUUCUACAUGGAUAUUGCAAGGAAGGAAGAUUACAUGAUGCUUUUGCUUCUUGUAGGGAGAUGGUGGAAAGUGGAAUUGACAUGGAUAUUGUUUGCUAUGCGGUGCUUAUCUAUGGUGUUCUGAAACAGCAUGAUACGGCAAGAUUGUCUGAGAUCUUGAACAAAAUGUAUGACCAAGGACUGUGGCCUGACAUGAUAAUAUAUACGAGCAUUAUUGAUGCAUAUUGCAAACUAGGAAACCUAAAGGGGGCCUUUGCAUUUUGGAAUAAGAUGAUUGCUGAAGGGUGCAUCCCCAAUGUUGUAACAUACACCACCUUGAUAAAUGGGUUAUGCAAAGCGGGAUACAUGAACAAAGCCGAGCUGCUGUGUAAGGAAAUGCUAGUUACAAACUUCCUUCCAAAUCAGACUACUUAUGGUUGUUUUCUUGACCACCUUACAAAGGAAGGAAAUAUGGAGAAAUCUAUGCAGCUUCAUGAAACAUUGCUUAAAUCAUUAUUAGCUAAUACUGUCACUUAUAAUAUACUUAUUCGAGGUUUAUGCAAAUUGGGUAGAACUGAUGAGGCUAGGAAGCUCCUUGACAAGAUGAUAAAGAGUGGUAUUUCCUCAGAUUGUAUCAGUUAUUCAACAAUUAUUUAUGAAUGUUGCAGAAGGGGUGAUUUGUAUGAAGCUUUUGAACUGUGGAACUCUAUGCUAAAUAGGGGGGUGAAGCCCGAUACAUUAGCCUAUAAUUUUUUGAUAUAUGGAUGCAGUGUUAACGGGGAAUUAACCAGGGCUUUUGAAUUGCAUAAUGACAUGAUGAGAAGGGGUGUGAAGCCAAAUUGGAGUACAUACAAUUCUCUUAUCCAUGGAACCUGCCUAACAAGAUCCGUCCCCUUUUCUGGAAGUUAAGCACAGUUGAAACUGUGGUGCAAAACCAAUUUGGAUGACACACAUUGAUCUUAUCCAUGAAACCUGCUUUGACAAAAUCUUUCUCAUUUUCUGGAGGUUAGACAUGUUAAAAAUAUCAUAUACUUUUGCAACGCAAAUAGGAGAACAAUGGGAGUCAGAUUUUUUGUAAACCUUCAGUUGGGAGAAGGGUAACCUUCAUGUUUAUUUUAUUGGCAGGCAAAAAUGACUUCAAAAUAGAUGUACCAUAGUUUCAAAGCAGAUAUACCAUCACCUGAAGUUCUCAGGUUUUGACAUCUUAUGGUCAUUCCAGAAGGAGCCAACUAGAUGAAGUUUUCUACAUUGUUGCAAUUUUGUUUAAUACAAGGUCAACAAGGAAAAUCACCCUGUGACUGAAAGAUGGUCAACAUCAAGCUGAUAAGGAACCACUAAUUGAUUGUGGUCUUAAAAGUUUGGAAUAAUCUCUUGGCAUGGAAGGUUUGCAGCGGGAUACAACUGGUUAUAACAUUGUUUUUAGUCGGUUAUUGGUUGUAAAUGUCUUUAUUUUUCAUAGCGCUGUACCAUGUGAUGGACUUCACUUUCUCUUGUAAGUUAAACCAGCUCCUUCACUGGAUUUGUCCAUAGUCUGUGAUUUUUUUAGGUUGUCCAAUAAAACACACAGAAACACACAAGGAAUUCAAUAUUGGUGGCCUAUUGGCUUUAUGGGUUGAAAGUCAUUCUAGUAUUACAUUUCAGAAUCCAGGAGGCUCUGCAGCGGGUUGGGACUUGGAGACAAGUGCCUUUAUGUGGACUGUGUAGUGGUGGUGAGUGACCCUGUUUCUGCUGCAUUGUUGAUUCUCAUAUGAGAUGUGGACCCCCUUUUUAUUACUCUUAAGCAUUUGCUAUGUUAGUACAAAGGGAAGUGCCUACCACUGUUGAUCCCAUCCUGGCCAGUAAAGUGUUAUGGUCCUGGAGGAUAUAAUCAAUUCUCUUCAUGUGUAGUUGCUACAAAAAAGGUUCUUUUCUUUAACCAAUACCAGAAGUCUCUCUCUCUCUCUCUGAAAAGGGUUCAAUCAACACACAACUACACAAGUCACUGCAGGCAAGCACCCAACUUGAACUCUUGAAAGCUUGAACUUACACCUUCACACAAGUGAGAAUCUAUCAUCAAGGAAAGCAAAAGGACUGAGACAAAGAAGAAGCAGUUGUUACUUUUCUUAUUCUUAUUCUGGGGAUAAUUGCUCAUUUGAACUGAACUGGUGAGUUUUUGAGGUCCCUGGCAAAUUGGGCUACUGAUUGGCUGUGCUUGCUAGAACUUUUGUCUGCCUCCACUGAGAUUGAUUACUUUCAGGUAUUAUAUCCACAAUUAUUUGAUCUUGUAGACUUCGCCAUCUGCUUUUUUUUUUAUAGGUAAAAGUUCAUUAAUGAUUCAUUAGCAGCAAAAAAUAAAUGUCUGUUACAAGCAUCCCAAGGGGAGGCGUGAGAUGCAGCCUCACUCUUUAGAACAAAAGCAGCACAAAAAUUACAAGUGGGCCCAAUACAACUGAUCCCUAGUUACUCCUUGCUUAGCUAGAUGGUUAGCAAGUGCAUUAGCCUCCCUUCCCACCCAUUGUAUGGUCAAAUUCAUAUGUUGCGUUACCCAUUUGAAUUUCUUCAAUUCAUUUCUAUAACACCAUAUCACUGAGUCUGGAUCUGUAAGCCAACCCACCACCACCUUGGAGUUCCCUUCUAUCACCAAAUUCUCCAAGUCUAUCUCUCUUGCAAUCGAUACAUUUAUGCACCUUGCUUCAACUUUCCUGUGUUUGGUAAGAAGACAAAAAUGACCUGACAAUCGAUGGGAAUCUGCAUUCUUGUCAGAGUUUCCCUCGAUUAUGCAAACAAAAUUUGUUUUGAAAAAACAAAAGCAAAAUUUUCUUUCUCAUUCUAUCGAGAGAAACAGGCAUACCAUUUGCUCUAUCUUUACCAAAUUUCUCUAUAGAACUAUGAGAUAGAGGCACAAUUGUUGACUGCGGCUACCUGUGACAUGCAAGAUCUCAACCCAGCGGCCACUUAAAUUGAGUUUUCCGACUAAUAAAGUGAGAGAUCUCACAACUUACAAGUUAUGGAAGGUGAUUGUUGAUUAGAGCUCUUUCUCUAUGGAACUCUCUAUAUUGCGUAGAGGAUUCAACUCAACUUGUAUAAUCUCUUUUGAGAUAAAACUUGAAAUCAAAGUGAAAAAGAACCCAAAAAAUCCAAGUUUUUGGGGGCCGGUGUUGGAAAAAUGCGAAAAGAAAUUAGCCACUUGAAAACAAUGUUAUCUGUCAAAAGGGGGAAGGCUAACACUCAUAAAGACUUCACUUGCAAAUCUGCCCAUCUAUUUCUUAUCAGUGUUCCAAAUUCCUAGAAAAAUCAGAACACAGAUUGAGAAACUUCAAAGAGACUUCCUGUGGGAUGGUGGAGGGGAGAAAAGAAGUCAUCUAGUGAGUUGGGCUCAGACUUGUAAAUUAAAAGAGGCAGGAGGGCUGGAAAUUGGUCACCUGAAAGAGAACACUUCUCUACUUGGAAAAUGGCUGCGGAGAUUCCCUAAAGAAACAAACUCUCUUUGGGCAGCUGUCAUCACCAGUAAGUAUGGGUUGGACACCAAUGGUUGGGACUGCAACCUUCAUUCAAACCGUGUAACUUCAUCAAGCCCUUGGAAAUGUAUCAUCUCAACCUCUAACAAAUUCUUUCCUUUCAUAAGGUUUAAAGUGGGCAAUGGUACUAGAAUAAAAUUAUGGACUGAUCUGUGGUGGGGCGAUACUACUUUAGCAAUUUCCUACCCUAAACAAAGAAGCAACCAUCUCCCAAUGCCUCCCCCCUUCCCCCACUGAGAGCAACAUAAACUUGAGCCUUAGAAGACCCUUAAGGUUAAGAGAGUCAGAGAUCAAUGAGCUAACUGAACUUCUCUCCCUCAGAGAAGUCUACAUUUCCCCUAAUUCCCUAGAUUCCUGUGUCUGGAAACCUCACCCUAUAGGCGAGUUAUCCUCCAUUUCUUUCUUCAAGGUUUUGGUUGCGAAGGAGCAGAAUUAUCACUUCCCUUUCAAGAAUGUCUGGUGCAACUACAUCCCCUCUACAGUGUGUUUCUUUGUAUGGGAGGCCUGUCUGCACAGGAUAAACACUUGUGAGCUAUUGCAAAAGAAUUUUGGCAGACUUUUCAUCUCCCCCCAUGUCUGCAUCCUUUGCCUGAGAGAAGGGGAAUCAACUGACCAUCUCUUCAUUCACUGUCAGGAAACCAGGGACACCUGGAGCCAUUAUCUACAGCUAGCUGGGUACAGCUGGGUUGCUCCAAAUCACCUCCAGGACUUACUCCAUCAAUGGCAAGGUAAAGGACUGAGUAAAAGAGGUAAGGUUUAUUGGCAAAUAAUUCUGCAUGCUGUACUUUGGGGAGUUUGGGAAGAAAGGAACAACCGCUUGUUUGAGAACAAGGCCAAGACAAAAAGUAAUCUGAUCUCUCACAUUACCUAUAAAUGUAAUCAGUGGGCUUCCAGCUCAGUCAAGUUUAAAGGAGUCUCUAUAAAUGACCUAAACAGGGAUGCUGGUUUUAUCCUUUUCUCCUCCCCCCACCCUCUUCCCCAUCCAUAAAGGCCCCUUACCUAGGAGGGAAGGAACUUGGACCCUAAGUUUCAAUGGAAGUGCUUUAGGUAACCCCACAACUGCUGGCAUUGGAGGAGUUUUAAGGGAUGAAAAUGGGAACACUUGCUGGGUGUACAGUGGGCCGAUAGGAAUGGUUGACUCUACAAAGUGAUGGUUGCACUUACAGGAGUCAGACUAAUCAACAGAUUAGGCAUCCAGUGCCUAUCCAUAGAGACUCAGCAAACACUAUAAAGUGGUUAGGAAGACAGGAGGCUGGGCCGUGGAGACUCGGUCAUUUUCUGACAGAGGCAAGGGGCCUACUGGCAACUACAAACGUACACCUGUGCUGGAUUCCAAGGGAUCUUAAUGCUCUUGCAGAUGGGUUAGCAAAAUUAGGUGCUCUUUUAGAAGUACUGUACUGUGAUAAGAUCCCUCCUGUGUAAUUUUCAGGGGUCUGAUCCCUGUUUGUUUGUUUUCUUUGUACACCAUCUUUGUGUACCCCUCUCUUUUCUUAAUGAAUUCAUUAUACUUUUCUCAAAAAAAAAAAGUGAAAAAACCCUCUCUGCAUUUCAGAGAAUGAGGGAAUAAGCAGAAGUUCCAAAGGUUGAUUUCUUCAAAGUUCCUUGGUUUCAAAGUGGUGAUAGUCCCAAAGGAGAAAACCAAAAUGCAUCAUCCUUCAAGAUGAGGCGUUUGUAGUGCUUAAUAUGCCAAUUUCUGACUUAGGCCAUGUUUGGGAGUGCUUAUUCGGAACAAGUGCUUA